AUGAAAGCGGUUUUAAAAAAAAUGCAAGAUAAAUUUUCGGCUUUAAAGCCUUAUCUACCAUACGGCGUGAUUGAGUCAUGGGAUGACUUGAAUCCCCGCUUAUAUCAUGACGUCCAUAUUUACUGGCUUAAGUUUUAUGGCAUGUGGUAUCAUAGUUUUAGGCCUUGUAGUUUCAGCUUCUGGUGUCAUCUAGUCUAUACAAUAAUCGUGCUGUGGCUCGUAUGCUUCUUACCUUGUAUUGGAGAAAUUGUUUACUUGCUCAGAAGACAGGAAAACAUUGGCGAUAUUGCAGAAGGAUUAUACUUGUUCCUAAGUGAAAUGUACACGUAUUUCAAAAUAGCAGUAUUUUGGCUAAAUAAGAGAAAAAUUUUAAGUCUUUUGAAAUUCCUACAUUGCGAUGAAUUCAAGCCGGAAGAGAGUGAACACAGAGAGAUUUUGAGGAAAAGCAUUAAAACAGCGCGUUUCGUAAUGACGUACUAUUCUACAAUGUGUGUCGGGGCGGUUUCUGUUGGAAUUGUCAUGCCGUUCACCGAAAACUUCGAAAUACUACCAACAAAUGUGGAAUAUCCAUAUGUUGAUGUUUACAAAUCUCCCAUGUAUGGUAUAAUUUAUCUUCAUCAUAUAUAUUACAAGCCCGCCACUUGUAUCAUUGACGGCGUGAUGGACACAAUUCUAGCUGCCUUUGUGGCAUCCGCUAUCGGUCAAAUUGAAAUCUUAACAUUCAAUCUUCGAAAUUUCGAAGUUUUAGCUGAUCGCAAAUAUAAAAGAGAUAUUAGAAAGAAUCGGGAAUCACGUGGUAGAAACUAUUACAUACAAAGCGUUUUAAAGAAAAGCAUUAUUCAUCAUAACGCAAUCAUACGAUACGUGUCAAUGAUCGAGAGCUCGUUCAGCUUAGCUUCUGCGCUGCAAUUCAUGCUGAGCGUCAUGGUACUCUGCUUAGUAGGAUUACAAUUUUUAUCGAUCGAAAAUCCUAGGAGUCACCUUAUGCAAAUCGUAUGGAUGGCCAUUUACUUGACUUGUAUGUUGAUUGAAGUUUUCAUACUAUGUUGGUUCGGCAACGAGUUAAUAUUAAAGAGUCUUGAGUUACGCCAAGCUGCGUUUGAUGGGCCCUGGCUAAAGACAGACCUCAAGACUACAAUGUACAUUGUGAUAUUUCUUGAACGUUGUCAACGCCCUCUGCGGGUUACUGCUGGGAAGAUUUUUACUUUAUCACUGGAUACUUAUAGUUAUCUUAUCAACUGGUCAUAUAAGACUUUUGCGGUGAUGAGGAAUAUGAAGAGAUAA